GCAACUUCAAAAUGAACGGUAAUCUGGAUUUUAUCCAGAAUUUGGUGGAGAGACUGAAUUCCGGAAAUUUUAACGAAGACGUUGAGAUAGUGAUCGCUCCACCUUCAUUAUAUCUUGAUCAGACUCGUAAGUUGGCCCGCAAGGAAAUUGGUGUAGCUGCUCAAAAUGCAUACAAUGCCUCGAGUGGAGCUUAUACUGGCGAGAUUAGUCCCGAAAUGCUAAAAGACAUUGAUGUUCAUUGGGUAAUCUUGGGUCACUCUGAACGGCGAGAGAUCUUUAAAGAAUCUGAUGAUUUCGUCGCCACCAAAAUUGCACAUGCCUUGAAAGUGGGAGUGAAAGUUAUUGCCUGUAUUGGAGAGAAGCUUGAAGAACGAGAGAAAGGGACCACAUUUGAUGUUAUAACAAGGCAACUUACUGCAAUUUCCAAUAAGAUCUCUGAUUGGACAAAUGUCGUAAUUGCGUACGAACCUGUUUGGGCUAUAGGUACAGGAAAGGUGGCAACACCUCAACAGGCUCAAGAGGUUCAUGAAUUUAUUCGAAAAUGGCUAAAAGAAAAUGUGUCGGAAGAAACAGCUCAAAAUACACGUGUCAUUUAUGGAGGAUCUGUGAAUGCCGGAAACGCAUCAGAACUUGCAAAACAAUCGGAUGUCGAUGGAUUCCUUGUAGGCGGAGCCUCCUUGAAGCCAGAAUUUGGGAUAGGGUCAUUCUAG